AUGCUGCUAGUGAUUUCAGUCGAAAAUAAUAAUGAAGUAAUUUGGGUUGUGAAAGGUGAUGAUGAUCAUAAUGGAGAGUAUCACAUAACAUGGGAUGAUUUGACUUUGAGUUCCAACAAUGGCGGAGGUGGUGGUGGUCAGGCUAGAAUCAUCGUGGUCGACAAAAACGGCGGCGGCGAUUCUUCGACCGUGCAAGGCGCGGUCGACUUGGUGCCGGAGAAUAAUCCUUGGAGAGUGAAAAUCCACAUUCUCCCCGGAGUUUACAGCGAAAAGGUGCAUGUCCCGGCAUCGAAACCGUUGAUAUCGUUCAUCGGAGACGAAGAUAAGAGCUCCGAAACAGUUAUAACAUGGCACGACAAAGCUUCGGACAGGGGCAACAAUGGAAAUAUGUUGGGGACCGAGAACACGGCCACCGUGAAUGUCGAAUCCGACUACUUUUGCGCCUCAAGUGUCACUUUCGAGAAUUCAGUAGUUUGUACGGCCAUCGAAGGAUGCCAAGCGGUGGCCGUGAGAGUAGCUGGUGAUAAAAGCGUGUUUUACAAAGCCCGAUUUCUUGGCUCGCAGGACACGCUUCUGGACGAAUAUGGGGCCCACUUUUUUCUCCAGUGUCUUGUGCAGGGCUCAGUGGACUUCAUAUUUGGCUUUGCAAGGUCACUCUACCAGGGCUGCACCAUAUCUGUGGUGGGGAAUCCGUACACGAUAACGGCACAGAGCAGAGGCUCGGCAAACGAAAAUACGGGCUACUCGUUCUUGAACUGCACGUUGACUGGAAACGGGCCCGUCUACUUAGGCCGAGCCUGGGGAGACUAUUCGCGCGUCAUAUUUGCUUAUAGCGAGUUCGAUUUAGAUGUAUUCCCCGAUGGGUGGAGUGACUGGGGAGUUCCAUCUAGGGACAGUACGGUGGUGUUCGGAGAAUACAAGUGCAAAGGCAGGGGAGCAAACCGAAGAGGAAGAGUUUCUUAUGCAAAAGAGCUGAGUGAUGUGGAGGCAGUGCCUUAUCUUAGUACAACAUUCAUAAGUGGGGAGUUCUGGCUAAGACUCUAG